CGCCGGGGCCGCCGGCGCGGAGUCGCAGGGGGAUUGCGGCCGGGUUUAUUUCUGACUAGACAACUGCCAACAGCAUGCCCAGAAUGUAGAUAAACAUGAGCUCUGGCUUGCAGACAUCAGGAAAUCAAAUUAGACAUGAUACACCCAGUGGGGUAAUGUGUUACAUGUACACUUUCUACCUUCUCUGCAGUUCACUGUACUUGAAAUUCUAAAAAUGGAAUGGGGAGGAGAGUGUUCUUUUGAUUCUUCCAAUUUAGACUGUUUGUUAAAUGUCCUUCCUGGAGAAUUGGAAUUUCAACAAAUCCUUAGUGAUCUUGAUGAAAAAAUAAAGAAGAACUCUUCCAGCAUAGAAAAGUGUCUUAAGGACCUGCAAUCAGACAUAAAUGAAAUAUGUACUGAUGAAGUACUACAAAGCACAACUGACUGCAUUCAGUGGCUAAACAGCUGCAAUUUUAGUUCUCUCAGACUUUCUUCUACAGACCACGGAGAGCUGCUGGAGUUCCUUAAGACCCUGCAAAGCUUGCUGAAGAAUGAGAAAAAUCAAGAAGAAAUGGUACUUCAGUUCCUUCUGGAUCUCUCUAGUCAGUGUGGUGUUUCAUUUCCAUGUACUGCAAGCGGGACGUCUUUUGAGAUAACAUCUUCCCUUCAUACCAUUCAGGAUGAUUCAGCUGUGGAUGUGAAAUCUCUUUGGGAUGAUGUGAGAUUGCAUCUUCGACAAUUUUUAGUAAAUAGACUACAAAGUCAAGAAGAAACAAACAGGAAUGCUUUACAACAACAAAUGGAGUUUAAAACUCAGUGCGUACAGCAGCUUUUGUUUCUUUAUCCCAAAUCGGAAGUCUUAAUGAAGUAUCAAAAUAUGCAGAAUAAACUGGUUAGUGAUCUUCUACAGAACUGUAUUUUGUCUAGUUCUGGUGAAACAAAUUUUGAUAAGGUGGUUAAUGGUUACCAAAGUUCUAUACCCAGAUUGUGCACAAUGAUAAAAGAGGAUUUGUAUAUAUUAAGUGGAACUAUUGGUCCAUCUUCGUCAUUAAAGUUUAUUAAUGAAACUUACCUGGAUACCAUCACUGAAGAAAUGACAGUUCUUCUUGAAAGACUUUGUGAGCUGCAGUUCAAAGAAAAUGCUCUACACAUAGUUAAAGCAAACAAGAUUUCAAAGAAGCAUAGAGGAACAGUUCACACUGUGGCCUCCCAGGAAUACCACAGGAAAGGACGGAACUUCUGCUUAACCUUGUAUCAGCUUAAAUGUAUUUCUCAACUUAUCAAACUCUUUUUAUUAAUGGAGGAAAAAAUUGAGGAGCUCUCCACGGAAAUUCUGCUGCUGCCUUCAUUUACAGAGAGGAAUAAGAAUGUUCAAGGAGUUCUGAAGAGAGCUAGUGGGGAGCUUUUAAUAGGAGAAACUAGAGCAAAUGAAACCAGCGUGCUUCCUGAACAGUUACUUCAGGUAGAAGAGCCUAUUUUACUGAGUUUUGGCUGGAGAAAUGCAUUUAAAGACCUGUCUUCUUCUGUGGCUCACUGCGUAACAAUAGCAAUUGAGGAUUUUUCAUCUAAAAUUCUUCAACAUGAGCAGAAAGAAGAGUGUUCAGCUGCAGGCUUUGCAAUGAGUCUUGUAAACAACCAGCAAAUGAGGGAGUCCUGCAGAGCAGUCCAACAGGAGGAGCAACCAAAACGAAUUGCUAAGUUUUGUUCUGACAUCAUGGAAGAACUCGACACAUUGCUUCCAUUGGCUCUGGCCUGCAGAGAUGAUUCUCUUCAGGAAAUUAGAGCAAACUUUGUAGAGGCCUGCAGCAAAGUCGCAUCAGCUGUUUUGGCAAGACUAGAGGAGAAAAGCAAAGACGUUCCCUUGAAGGCUCCCCUGCAAGACCUGUAUGCUGCCCUUUCCACAGCGAUAUAUGUGUUUCAGCAUUUUACAAUGUAUAGCAAUUUAAUGAGAGAAACAAGCAAAAAACCCCUGUUCCUAGUGCCUGUCCAAAAAUAUCAGGAAUUCAUCAACAUUCUCCAAUUUCAAGUUACGAACUACUGCAUCAGAGUUUGUGCUACAAGUAUUUUACAGGAUGCUGAGAGCCACUGCUGGGAUGACUACAAAGCUUUUUACGAGGGGGAAAGAUGCUCAUUCUCUGUCCAGAUGUGGCAUUACUUCUGCUGUGCUCUUCACCAUGAUCUAUGGACUAUUCUACCUCCUAAGACAGCCCAGGAGAUUCUUACAGAUGUGCUAGAGCGAUCUUUGGAUAUUCUGUCAUCCAGAUAUUGUCAGGUGUGUCCCAGUUACAAAAGAACACCACAAAUCAGAAUUGAUAUUGCAGCAAUUUUGAUGUCCACUGAAGAUAUGCUCUGGUCGAUUUGUAGUUCUGUGCAGGAGUUUCUGAAUCCACACAAAGACAGAGAUCUCAAGAUCUAUAAAAUACAUAGCCACUGCAAUAGUCUGAUCUCUGUGCUGGCUAUUUUAACUUCACCACUGAAGAAUUUGUAUGAGACAUUUCUGGAUAAUUCUGAUGAACAUCUUCCUCAAGAUUUUUCAGAAGUCUUUUAUCAUCCAUUACACUGGUUGUUUUGCAUACCAUCAUCCUGUUUUUUCUUUCUGAAGACUCCAUCAACCAGAGAAAUGGCAGCCCGAGGUCUGCUGAAGCUGCUCUUGUCCCAGCCAUACUGUAAUUUGAGCUUGCUUUUGGAAACAUUGCUACACCAUGAUUGUCUCUUAGUGAAAAUUUUGCUGAGAAGCUCAAGAAAUGAAGCAUUAAAUUGUGAUGAACAAAGCUCUCUCUUGGAACAGGAAAAUAACAAAGAGUCUACUCUGAUUGAAACAAUCUUCACAGUAUUGUCUUACUGCACUUUAUCACCCAAAUCUCUUGGCAUUGCUUUUGAGUCCUACAUGGAAAAAGAGCUCCUGUGGAACUGCUUAUACAAUAUGACAGUUUCCAGUUGUGGUGAGUCGGAGCCAGAAGUUAUCAGAUGCUUGAAGUUGACUUUGAUUAAUUCAGUCAAGGGUAUAGUGAAACAGAUAAUUUCUUUGAUGCAUUCAUGGGAGGCAACAGAAAACUAUGGAACAUACCAGCACAAGCAAAUAGUUCCCGAAAGUUUACUGAAAACUGUUCCAAAGGAAUGGAAUUACACUCCUCGGGAAAUGAAGAGAAAAGAAUCUGGGAAAUGCUUCACAAGGCUUGCAGCUCAAGCAGUAUCUAUUGUAAUCAGCAAGUUACCUACAGUGAUUGCAUGUUUGCCUCCCCCAAUUAAAUACUUCUUUUUUCUGGCUGAGAGAAAAAUGUCAAGAAACUUUGCUGAAUUGAAGAAAGCUGGUCUGCUUGUCUGGAACUUGAUUGUAAUUAUAGGUCGGAUAUUUGAGGAUGGAAAUACUGCAGAAUUUUUAACAGGUGCAACACUUGAUAGAUGGAGCAAAGAAAAACUCAGUUUAGUUCGUGUGUGCUUAGAAAGUAUUAUGGGGAAACAGAAAAGUGGUCCUAAGCAAGUGACCCAGAAGAUUAUACAAAGCAUUGAACAGCAAAGACCAAACUGGAUUGAAAGCCAGUUGCUGAAGGCAAGAAAAUUGAGCAUAGACUGUGCUUCAAUCACAGUUAAAGGUACAACGUUAGAGGAAGGAGAUACUGCACUUGGAUUCACUGAGCAUAAUAUAAACAUGAUGGUCCUGGAUAUCUGCCACAAACCAGGUGGUAGCGAGUACCUGAGGCAAAUUUAUCACAUCAUCCGGCUCAAUGAGGAGUAUUUGAAAGAGCAGCUGUCCUGUGAGAAUUCUUCUGAAGAUGGUGUUACCUUGAGUCAAUGCCCACCUUUGACACUGAAGGGCAGCGAAGAGCAGCCUGUCUUCAACCCUUUCCAGGUGUACAGACAAUCUUGUGCAAAAGUAUUCAAUCAGUCAGCCAUUACUGAAUGGAACUGGGAUUGGUCAAGAUUGCUGCCAGGUUAUUUGGGACUGAAUCAGAUGGCCUUCAGGGUGCUGCUGACACACAGGUGGGAGAUGAAAGAAGAUGCAGAUCUUGAAGAUGAGGAGAACAUUAUGGUGGAACGCUUAAAAAAUGUUUAUUUGACACAAAGGACUCCAAUCGCAGAGAAUAAAGAAGAACAAUUACCUUGACAGAUUUUGGGUAGCGCCUUUCUUCUGGACUCAACAAGAUUAAUUUAAUGUAACUCACAGGACUAGAAAGCUCAAAAAUGUGUAUCUUGAGUAGGAGUUCUAAACUAAAGAGUGUUCCCCUCUUAUUGUCUGGUCACCCUGUUCCAGAAGCAAUUGUUCACACAUGCAUAAGGUGAGGAAUGGUACGGGAAAAUGUCAGUGUCACAAAACAAGGAGGUUGCAUCUCAAUACUGCAGAGGCAUAAACUGGAAUGAAAAACUAAGAAUUGUUUCAAAAAUAUAAAACUCAUUCUGAAAUAAUGAAAUUUUAGAUACAGGCUAAGCAAAUGCUCCUGGUUUCCAUCCACCUGACUCUUCGGUUCCAUCCACCGACUUUGGAGCUGGAGUCAGCCUGCCUCCAGUUCGUGUCACUCAAGGGCCUUUUCUCUCCUUUGGUGCUUCUUUAUUAAAUCACCCAAAAUACAAGAGAAGGGACAGGUAUAGACCAUACACCUACAGUGCUUUAUGAGUUGCUCCAGGUUGGGUAUGCUUGGCCAUUAUUUCCAAUCAAAAAUGCAUCAGCAUUACUGCCCUCACAAAUCCUUACUUAACAUCCAGUGUAUUUUAUGGCCUAAAAAACACAUUACAGAGAAACUUUAGAAGUUUUGAGAAGCAUCUUUGUAUUUAAAAGUAUUUACAGUCAAUGCUCAGAGGAUUAUCUUAUCAGUGAAUUUAAAAAAAUAAUAAGUAUUUUAAUUUUUUAUAGUAAAAUUUCAUAUUCAAAGUAACCCUGGUUUGAUAUUCAAAAUUUUUUGAAUAUUAAAUAUUUUUCUGAAUACUAAAUAUUUUUCUUACACAUUGGUUAAAAUCAACAUUUUUUAUACAGGAGGUAUGGUUAGUACCUCUUUAGCUCUACAGAAAUAAUCCAUAUUUUUUUUCUGUAAGUUUCUUUCAUUAGUUUAUUUCAUUCUUGUUUUUUCUUCCUGAUGUAGGAUUCUGGCAGGAUCUUGCUAAGGGUGCAAUCUGAGCAGAGUUAUUCGUGUUCCCAGCACAUCUUCACUCAGAUGCUAUUAUGGACAUAAGUUAGAUUACUUCAAUAUGAAGGCAUGCUUUUUUCCCUAAAGGCUCCAGCAGCAUCAUGGGUAACCAUAUUACAAAUGCUGAUUUAGGGUCUUAUCUGAAAUGCAGGUUUUUCUCCUCUUAAUUGCUCUUUUUUUCUUUUCAUAUAAAGAAUCAUACCAUUUAAAAUGAAAAUGUGGACAAUUGCAUCUUACAAAUCUCCAAAGAUCUUGUUACAACACUGCAACACAAAAGGGCUGUGAGGCACUGGAGCUUAAAAGAUGCUCAAAAUAUUAAUUAAAGCAUAAAGCAGACAUUUUCCUCUGCUGCCAGUGUAGUAAUUUCAGAUCAUAAAGGAAGUGAUGAAGUUUAGAAACCAUUUAUCUUUGCUUUGUAUUUCACCUUUGAAGAUUAGUGGUGGACUUCAGAUUUAAAACAUGUCUACAGGGAUCUUCCAUGAUGGCAGGUUUGGUAUUCUGAAAAAUGAGGCACACAUAUUCCAAGCCAUACAAAUAGUGUUAGUGUACAUAGAAACUGGAGAUCAGGAUAUUCUCUCCUAUUUUAUCAAAAUCUAUUGUACAUACAUUGUACAACUUUUUGCAUAGUCACAUAAAAUGCCUACGCAGUGAAACCGAUGGAAAUGCUUCUUAUGAAAAUGCUCCCCUUCUGGGAAAUACCUACUGUGAAGAGGAUAAACUUUGCAAGUGAGUAAGCUAACUGAAAAUAAAAUCCUUCACUUGCACUUCAGUGGAAAUAUCCAUGCAGUCACUUCCCUGAGCCUGCUGGCCACACUAUUUCUGAUAAAGGCCAAGACACCAUUGGCCUUCUCAGCUACCUGGGCAGACUCUGGCUUAUAUUCAGCUGGUUGUUGACCAGCAACUUUUCUGCUAUGCCACUUUCCAGUCACUCUGCCCAACACCUGUGGCACUGAUUUGGGUUGCUGUGACCCAAGAACAGGGUGUUGAUCCUCAUUGCACUGGCCUCAGUCUACUGAUUCUUUGUCUGGAUCCUUUGUAAAUCCUUCCAACUCUCCAACAAGUCAAUACUUUGGUGUCUUCUGCAAACUGACAGUGCUGACUGAGGAUGCCCUCUAGUCUCUGGUCCAAAUAAUUGAUAAAGAUAUUAAAUAGGAUUGUCUCCAAUACUGAGUCUUGGGGAAUUCCACUUACGACUGGCCAAUGACUAACAUGCAUAAGAACAUAACAACAUAAAAGUUGAACCUUUGCACAGUAUUUUAUUUGGAUGUUUUUCUCAUCUAAACCUAUACAUGCAUCUUUUAGGGUAUCUGAGUGCAAGCAAAUGUGUAUUUCAAAUUUACUUGACCCACAGUCCUUACUGAGAAAUAUCAGGGCUUGGUCUUGCUGGCAAUGUAACCACUCCAAGUAACCUUUAGGGUAUAAAAGAGACAUCAUCUUGGCAAUAUUACUUAAUGCUGAAUACACACUUCUACAACAGUCAUAUUUGUUCAAUAAAAUUACAGUAAUAAUAACAAUUGUACUACUAAGAUUGCUAAGUAACAUGCCAUUAAUUUAUCAAGAUUGCUUGCUUUAAAUUUAAACACUUAAUUGAAAAUCAAAAGAGCUGACAAUUUUUCCAUUGCAUAGAUGUAUUCCAUAGAUGCUUUUGUGUAAAAUUAGGAAUAUAACUAUAAGACUGCUGCUUUCUUUGGCUUUUCUUCAUAAAACAAUAGUUCUAUAUUCUUUAAAAAGUUCUGCUGAUUCUAAAAUUGAUUUAAGAUUAAAUUAAUUUUUAAGAAUUAUAUGAUGUCCUGGGUCUUUGACACUACCUAUUGAUCCAGUCUCACAAAAAUGUUUAGCUAAAUAAAUGAAAGCAUCAGGCAUCAGAUUUGUUGGCUACAGUAUGGGCCCGAAGUUUCAUGACCACCGCAAUCUGAUCAUGUUAAUUCCUUCUGGAAGGUGGUCAAAAAUAAGAACUAAAGUCUGUUGUGUACAACAGACCUUUCUGAGUGGGCAAGAGCUGGCCUCAGUGGUUUAACUGAAUUAGCUCAAAAGGAAGUUAAUGUAUUUAUAGAAAUUCAUUGGAUCAGAUAGCACAAACUAGGUUAACUAUACAUUAUCAUUAAUGCUCACACCUAAUUAUCAUUUAACAAUUUAAUAUAUUUAGCUCGUUUUACAAAACAGGCUUCAAUGGGAGACUUCAUGGCAUGGAAUAUCUCUAAUUAGGUUUGUUUAAUGUCCCCUUCAGAAUGCUCCAAAUAUUAACAUCUUUCAUCUUUUUAAAGGUAAUUAAUAAAAUUAGAAGCAGGGCAAAGUUGAAGUUGCAUUAGUAAUAAUGCAACUCAGAGAGGAGAAAGAGAGAUAUUUUGGGAACAGAUUAACAUUUAGACACAGCCCUGUUUUCUAGUGACUGCUGUCCUGACAGACUCCCAUAGGCCAUGAUUUAUUCUAGGAGAGGGAAUUUGAUGUGUAUCUAUGCUAUUUGCUCAGGAAAUAUGUGCAAUGGCAAAUGGAUGGAUGUUCUCUAAUUCACCUCUACAUCAUCACAGCAGUGCAUGGUAGGCAUGAGGCUGGCUCCAGUUAGCUUCUGCUGGUAGAAUUAUUCCAUUUUCCUCUCAGCUGGAAGGUCUUCACAAAGUCCUAGUGAGACUUAUGUACAGUAAAACAUCAAUUAUAUGCUGAUAUAAAAUUAUUUUAUGGAGCUCCCUAAAAAUAUGUGCAAUCAUUUCUAGUUACAAACAGUACUCACGCUUCCAAGGCAACAGUUGAAGGAUGGAGGAAUCAGAUCCAUUGCCCAAUUAGACAUGAAACGAGAUAAUAAUUUGAUGGCAACAGAGAGAUUUCUAAGUGACUAGAUAGAUCUUGGGGAGGUUCUUGUUGGAGGAAAACCACUUUUCUAUAGUAAUUUUCCAUGGUGUAAACAGCGUUACGCAUGGAAACAGAAUCUCUAAAACUAUUCUAAGUGUAAUGAGUGAGCUUGCUUUAUCCUCUACCUUUGGACUCCAGCACUUGAAAUGCAGACUAAACAUUGCUAGGAAGGCAGUACAAGAAAAGUAUGCAGGGUCUUGAGCCAGUGGGGCUUGAGGCCUUGUAAUACCCAUCAGUAAAAUGAUGGAGGAACCAGAUUAUUCCUCUUCAGCAGCAUCAUUUGAGAAUAGACUGUUACCAAUUAUUGCAGCAAGUGAAAUGAUACAGUGCUGGCCAAAAAACACUCUAAAAUUUAAGGACUCAUGCAAAGAAGUAAAAAUAAAUCCAAAUACUUUUUUUUUCCUGAAGUGAUUCUGUCUCAGGAAGAGCUGGCAAUGACCAAAUAUUAAUGAGUAAAGUGUUCUUCUGAAUUGAGACUGUAUCUCUAAAUUUAAUAGACAACUAUUCCUAAGCUGACAAGAAGACACUGAAAUCAUGGCUGGUACAAAUUUCACUACUGGAGGAACACCUUUGUAUCCAGGACAACUUCAGCUGUUAGUAGUUUGCAAGCUCUCUGAGAAGAUACAAUGUAAUAUCUCCUAGAAAGUGUAUUUAUGUUAAAAUAGGUCAUAUGUAUAUUUUCUGCCUAUGUGGUAAAACUGACUGAAAUACCUUUUGUGAAAAACCUUCUCUUCUGGGGAACUCUUUUUUGGAAUAAGAUGCAUUUUGCAAGUUAAAUAAUCUAAUCCAGAAUAAACCCCCUCACUUACUCUUACAUAUGAAUGUCUGUACAUGGAGUUGUUCCAAAUGGGCUGUUGUCCUUUAAAUUCACAUACCUUGUAAUAUUUAAGAAAUCACAUUGGUCAAAAACAACAACAAAAAAACCCUAAAACAUAAAAAAACAAACAAACAAACCCCAAAACAAACCAAGCAAAAAAAGGAAAAACUGAAACCAAGCCAAAACAAAAAAGAACAAAACAAGAAUUUUGUAUCCUGUUCACUGUUUUCUCCCUGAUGCAUUAAUUCAGCAGUAACCCACUGUGCCUACUGUUGUAGGACAGUUCUGUCUUUCCCUUUACAAGCAUCAAGUCUAACUAUUAACCCAGCACUGCCAAGCCACAUCUGCACAUCUUUUCAGUCCCUCUAGGGCUCGUGCCUUCACUGUGAUUAUAGAAUUUCUGCAGUAGGUUGAUCUAAGCUCCAACUAACCAUAAGCCUCAAUGUCCACAAUGGCCAGAGUUACAUUCAUACUCUAUCUGGAAAUAAGUCAAAGAAACACAAUUGUGAUCAUAAUCAACAGGUUUGAGUUUUUCUAGUUACUAUGUCAAACAGAACAUCAUGCCAGGCCAAACACAGGUUUCAAACUUCACUGAUGAUGGAGGUUUGCUGCAACAUCACAUGACUUCUUUUUAGGGAAACCUUUUAGAAAAAUAGUAUCUUUUCAGCUCUUCUAGUAAAUACAAACAUUGAUUAAAAUUACUUUUGUAAAACAAGCACUCAGUCAUUAGAAAACACUUUAUGAAUGAUUAGCAAUGUACUCAUGAAUGUUCUUUACAAUACCUAUUAAUGAGAUGGUUAUGUAUAUUCUGUCCCUAGAUUAAUUCACUAGAGAAUGGUAUAUGAUUAUACAAGCAACUUUGAUAAAUUUGUGGUUGCCUAAUAUCCUAUAAUUUUGUCAUUUUGUCCUAUAAUCUGUGUUUUUGAGGUAUGUCGUGGUUUUAAACCAAUAACUAAGAAAAUUACUUAUUUCUUGCUGUGAGAUA